AUGCAGUUGGCCGGUGUGGAAAACAAAGUGCUGGUCGGUUAUCUCGCAUCGUUCGAUGAUGACCUUUGUGAGGUCUUCAAGAGUUAUUUGAACUGUGUACGAGAUCGGACGCGUGAAGAGGUUGAAACAGAAGGAAUGGGCGCUGAAUGGACGGAACGGGUCAUCCAAAGCCUCACUUCUGAAUGGAAAACGGCUAAGCGUUUUGCUGUAAAUGUGAUUUCUGGUGAAAGUGAGACAGUGCAUCGCUUUUGCGUGAUUGCGGCUGACUUGAUGUGUAAAAUGGUCAACGAUUAUCUUCCUGAAAAAGAGAAUUUGAUGGAGGAGUGCCGGAGCAGUUUUGAAAACGCGUCAGCGGAUAUGGCUGCUGAACUUGACGAUUCGCCACUUCGCCGACGUGCGUCACAAAUAUUCAUUGCGUGCCGGCAUUUUAAAUCACUUAUUUGCCAAAUGAAGGACCGAUCCCUUCGAACACUUGGGUUUGCCCGUAUGCUUUUGCUGGAUGUUGAAAACUGCGCGUUUUACAAGUUUCGGGAUACAAAUAUGUGCGCUGUAAUAUAUCAGCUUCUCAUAUCGCAACAUUCCAUGGUUGUCACUUCCGGCAACACUUCGAACAUCUGUGACAACUACGUGGUAUUUUGCGACAAGAUUGCAUCGGAAGAUGUUGAUUUUGUUGUCACUUCCGGCAACACUUCGAACAUCUGUGACAACUACGUGGUAUUUUGCGACAAGAUUGCAUCGGAAGAUGUUGAUUUUGUCCGAAUUUUGCUUAACAUCACCUGUUCACGUAUUCAAUCCAACAGUGGCUAUAUGCUAAUUGUUCCACUGCGAGCGCUAUUUUCUGGGUUUUCUCAGGAAAUGUGGAGUGGAUCUCGAUUAUUCAUUGAGCUUGAUCCGGAUACUGAGCUGUCUUUGCGAUACUUGCAGUUCGCAGGCGAUGUUUGCGUGGUAGCCUCAAAUGGCAAAUCCCUGCCGAAAGCGAGGGAAUUAUUUGUCCGGAAUAUGACGCUGGGGAAUUACCGUACAGUCGAAGUACUGGAGGAUCAGUCUUCCUGCCACGAAAUCGUAAAUGAUUGCACCAAACGGCUUAAGGAGUCCGCCUCUCAAACGUGUCAAAUGCUUUUCAACAAUUUUGCUGGGAAAAUGAUUGAGGACGUACUGGAUGGGCGCGAACUGUGUUCCUUAGAUCACAAUGAAUUGGAAUCUGUGCGAGCUACCCUCAUACAAGCUUACAAUCUUGCUUUUGAGUACCAUCGCGAAUUUUGCCGAAUUUUAUCCCGAUCGGACCAGUGUCUUUUUGCGCGUCAAACUGUCGGUUGGACAAAGCAGUGGCUCGAAUUCAUAUUGCAGUUCGCCAGUCCUGGUGAUGGUUCAAUCCCGCUUUGGGCAACUACUUCAUUCCAGUUCUUGACUUUGGCGACUGAUCCACUUUUUUGUGGAAAGCUUACAGCAACAGAAUAUCAGAUGUUGGCCAAAUCGGUGGAUGCAUGCGUUGCACAUUUUAUAGGAAGCAACGCUCCAGAUUCUGGUUUGGUGAACGGUUGUUUUUUCGAUAACAAAAUGAACGACGACGCUUGCUUUGCAAAUUUGUCUAAAACUAGGCCACACUCUACAACGGAUGGAAUUGCUCGUUCGCAACGAAUUCAGAUGCUUUUACGUGAAAUCGAUGAUACUCGAAACAAGCGUCUAGAGGCUGAUAACAAAAUUGGUCGAGUGAAAGAUGGUGGACGAAAUGCUCUGUCACUGUCAACGCCAUUCUCUACAACGGAUGGGAUUGCUCGUUCGCAACGAAUUCAGAUGCUUUUACGUGAAAUCGAUGAUACUCGAAACAAGCAUCUAGAGGCUGACAACAAAAUUGGUCGAGUGAAAGAUGGUUCCGGCAAAUUUGGUACAGUAUAUGUGGUGAUGAAUUUGACCGAUAAUUGCCUAAUGGCAAUGAAACAAAUUCGCAUUCAACGUAACGACAAAGCUUUGUUAGCGUUAGUGGAUGAAGUUGAGAAUUUGCGCGCUCUGGAUCACCCGAACUUGGUUAAAUAUUACGCGGUUGAAGAAGAAUUGCUAAUUUUCAUGGAAUACUGCUCCGAGGGAACGCUAGAAGAAGUAUGUCGCGAAGGCCUUUUAGAUUUGCGCUGUGUACGGCGAUAUACACAUUUUUUGUUGAAGGGAGUGGAAUAUAUUCAUCGCAAUAUGAUCAUUCAUCGCGACAUAAAACCAGCCAACAUAUUUCUUGGGAAAAAAGACGUCUUAAAGCUCGGCGAUUUUGGCAGUUCUGUGAGAUUAAGAGGAGCCACAACAGCAUGUGGUGAAGUAGCCGAGUGGGUGGGUAGCCCAGCCUAUAUGGCGCCAGAAGUACAAACACUUGGCGGACGAACCGAAACAAAUGGUAAAGCAGAAAUGGUUGGAUAUGGUCGGGCAGCAGAUAUCUGGAGCGUUGGAUGUGUUGUACUGGAAAUGUGCACCGGCAAGCCUCCGUGGCACGAGUGUGAGCACGUAUUGCAAAUCGUUUUCCGCGUGGGUUGUGGUAUGAAACCGACAGUGCCACAGAGUGUGCAGACGGACGAAACAUGUGUUUCAUUCUUGGAUCUGUGCUUUCGGUCCGAACCAAGCAAACGGGCCAGUGCUCAGCAACUUUGUCAACAUCCAUUCGCCAAUAUCAACGUUAGCAACUUGUUCCUAUUUACCACUCGAUAA